GGGGCGCUGGAAUGAUUACCCGCUGAGCAUCAGCAGAGAAGAGCGAGUGGAUCGGAGCGAAAGAGAAGAGGAGAGGAGAGACGAGGCACAAGAGGACAGUAACACGGGGAAGAAUUAUGAGGCAAGAGGUAGGAGAAGUUGAUUAUGAGUGCAAGUGAGGAAGAGAGGGCGCACAAGAAAUUUGCAAAAAAGGAGAGAGGGAUGGAGGAGAGAGUGUGAAAGACGGGAAAAGAGAAGCGGAGAGGGGAUUAAAAAACUGGAAUGCGCUGACACUGGAGACAUGAGUUUCUGUUUGCAUUUGGCACAGCCUGUCACUCCACAGGUUUAUCCACACAUACACCAAUUUACCAGCACACACACACACACACACACUCACACUAUUUGCUUUGGAGGAUGAUCCCAGGAGGCCCUGCUAGAAGAGAACACCUUCCAAGGAGCUAUUAACCCCCCACCCCUCACCCUCAGCUCGCCUCCCACCUAACUUCCCAAAAGUGCCCUCCCUCCCUCUGGCCCCCUCAGCCUACCUGCACCAGUCACAACACGCUGGAGCUGGAGAGUCACAGUCACACUCACUGAGAGUUGAGAAAUCCUGGAUUGCCCACGGGACACAGCUGCAGUCAUACUGGCUGAGAAAGACUGAGGAGCUGUACUGAUCCACUGACCUGCGGGAUGUCUAAAGCCUCCAGGCUGGCCCGCCCCCCCUCAGUAGGGGCCGGAUCCAAGAUGCCCUCCCCCAGGAAGGAAUGCCCUGGCACGGCUGGUCGAGCCCGGGUGCUGAGUGUGGGGGAAAAGCUGAUGAGGGCAGGUAGUGAUGGUAUCCUGAGCAGACAGAAGUCUUUAACAGCCGCUGUGCCCCAGGACAAAGCACAGAGGGAGACCCAGAUUGAGACUCAGGCUCCCAGCCAGAGUCCAGGUGAGAAGGGCCAAAAUAUGGAGAUGGUCCCUCCCAAGAGCAGGAUCAGCCCACCAAAAGCCUCAAGUCAAGGCUCUGUGCAGAAACAAACCAAAAGCAACCUGAAGGUAACCUCCCCAGAGGACGCCGAGCACGUAACGCGCAGGCAGGCCUCCCCAAAUGGGACUGCCCAUUCAAGAGGGGACGCCAAAGGCAGCCGCACUGUCCCUCGAAGGCACACUUUAGGGGGAGCCCGCGGCUCCCGAGAGAUCCUGGCUAUGCAGCCGUCAGACAUGGAUAAGAAGAGGGAGGCCUUCCUGGAGCAUUUGAAGCAGAAAUACCCCCAUCAUGCCUCAGCGAUCAUGGGCCACCAGGAGAGGCUGCGAGAGCAGUCUUUACAGGUCAUGCUCUCCUCCCUUCACUCUGAACUUGACAUUCAAGGGUAUUUGAUGAAAAUCCAAUUGCCCCACAGAAGCAGAAGCCCAAAGCACGGCCCCAGUCCGCAGCCCGGCGUCGGCGACCAAGUUGACCACCUCUCUCUGGCCUCGUUGGAGUCAUUGGACACCAUGUCUGAGACUGAUGCGCCCACAGGAUUCACCCGCGGCAGCCGGGUUCGUGCUAGCCUGCCCGUGGUGCGAUCGACCAACCAGACAAAGGACCGCUCCUUAGGUGUGCUGUACCUGCAGUACGGGGACGAGACCAAACAGAUCCGCAUGCCUAAUGAGAUCACCAGCAUUGACACUAUCAGAGCUCUGUUUGUUAGUGCCUUCCCGCAGCAGCUCACCAUGAAGAUGUUGGAGUCGCCCAGCGUCGCCGUCUACGUCAAAGAUGACAUGAGGAAUAUGUACUACGAGCUCACCGAUGUCAGGAACAUCACAGAUCACUCCUGCCUGAAGGUCUACCACAAAGACCCAGCACAGGCAUUCAGCCAUGGGCCAAGACCUACAAAUGGUGAUGCCAGGAUGCACAGCGAGAUGCAUGCCGGUCGUGAUGGCCCUCACCCUCUGAGACAACCCCCCAUGGGUCCUCCACUACACCACCCCAUGCAGGGAGCACUACCACCAACUCCCCACUCCAUGCCCCCUUCCCCCUCCAGAAUCCCAUUUGGCCCACGACAGGGCUCUGUACCUGGCAAUGCUACCAUCCCAAGGGACAGAGUGUCUAACGCCAACCCUACGACCCGCUCCAUUUCACCCUGUCCCAGCGCCAUCCUGGAGAGACGGGAUGUCAAACCUGAUGAGGACAUGGGUGGUAAAAGUCACAGUCUAGCCAGGGGAAAUGAGGGGUUGUAUGCAGACCCGUACUUGCUUCAAGAAGGAAGAAUGGGCAUGGCUACUGCCCAUGGACCACACCCCAACCCUGGGCUUGAUGGUCCAGAACAUGGCAUGGGAGGAUUUCACCGCGCCUCCAUCCGCUCCACAAGCUCUUAUGGCGGGCCCAGCCCCACAGACACUAUGGAUCACCCCUCUCUGUACAGGCAGAAGUCCAGAAACAGCCAGCUUCCUACUCUGGGCUCCAAGACUCCUCCUCCAUCCCCUCACAGGAUGGCCGAGGUACGGAUGAUUGACAUCCACAGUGGGCCUCCUCAUGGUGGGCCUCCUCAUGGUGGGCCUCCUCAUGGUGUGCCACCUCAUGGUGUGCCUCCUCAUGGUGUGCCACCUCAUGGUGUUCCCAUGGAGAGAAGCUCACCUGUGCGCCAGUCUUUCAGGAAGGAGGAAGUGACAGGAACCAAGCCCCGGGGUUCACCUGUAGUUGCAGACCUCCAGGGUCACCUCCAGGGACCGAUCCCACCUGCCGCUGACCAUCAGACACGAGAGCGAAUGAAGGCAAUGGAGCACCAGAUUGCCAGCUUGACUGGUCUUGUUCAGCAUGCACUUUUAAAGGGGCCAAACACUAGUGGCACCAAGGAGCCUCUAAGCGAGAGACCACCGAAGACAUCGUCUCCAGCUCACAGCGCACACAGCUCAGGUGGUUCCCCAGUCUUAGCUCCCAAGAGCAAUGCAGCCCCAUCGGACAAAGGCUCAGCUCCUUUCAAAGUUAACCUCCUGCAGUUCAGGAAGAAUGUUUCUGACCUCAGGAUGCAACUCCAUCAGAUGAGACAGCUGCAGCUCCAGAACCAGGAGGCACUACGAGUCCAGCUGAAGCGGGCAGAGCAGGAAAUCAGUGUUAAACUUGUAGAGGCCAUGCGGAGUCUGGAGGAUCCUGUCCAGAGGCAGAGGGCUUUGGUAGAAGAGGACAGGCACAAGUACUUGGGUCUGGAGGAACGUGUCCUCACACAACUCGGUGAGCUGGAGCAGUAUGUAGUCUCUUUGCAGAAAGGCUCAGCAGCAACACACAGAGUUGUGACCCUGAAGGACGUGGAGGAAGGAGCGGUGACUCUGAGGAAGGUGGGAGAAUCUCUGGCAGGGCUCAAAGGAGAGUUCCCAGCCCUACAAACCAGAAUGCGGGCUGUGCUCAGGGUGGAGGUGGAAGCUGUCAAGUUUUUGAAGGAAGAGCCUCAUAAACUGGACAGCAUGCUGAAAAGGGUCAAGAGUCUGACUGACACACUCAGCAGUCUGAGAAGAUGUGCUACUGAGGGCCUCCAGAAAGGACCCGAUCCUUCUGCUAAUGUUCCGGUGUGUAAUAGCCCAGCAGCAGCAGCAGCAGAAGCUCCUCCAGAAGCUCCUCCAGCAUCAGUCCAGCCUGGCUCCACAUCAGCCCCGCUGGAACCCCAGAGCUCCACCAUCAGAUCAGAGGUGAUGCCUUCCUCUCCGGUGGUCAUCCAUCAUGUCCAGAGCUCCCCAGUCCACAUGCAGCAGUCCCAGCAGUCCGCUGCCUUGACAGCUCAGCCCAGUCCACCGCUUACCCCCAGCCCCUCUCAUGUCCCCAGUCCCAACCUGAGCAAGACUCAAGGCCGGGAAUCUCCCAAGGGGACAGCCGUGGAUCCACCGAGUCCCCCCCGUCAUAAGAAGACACAAGGGAACCCAGUGAAUAACGGCAACGGCACUGCCAAUCAGGUUCUUGUCAUAGAGGAGCUUCAGAGCAGCCAGGACAAGAGCAAAAACAGAGCUAUGUCUAUAGAGGCAGCAGAGAAAGAGUGGGAAGAGAGGAGGCAGAAUAUGGGUCAUUAUGAUGGGAAAGAGUUUGAGAAAAUCCUCCAGGAGGCCCAGGCCAACAUGAUGAAGGGCAUUCCCAGUCUAGAUGUUGAAGAGAACCCAGGUCUGCCUCCUGCUGCCACUGGAGAACAAGAAGAUAUCCACAACCCUGUGGAGUCACCAUCAGAAGAGCCCCAGUCUGAGCUUCACUCUGACAAAUCAGCCAAGAAGGGGCCUGAGAAACUCCCAAAGCCUGUGCUGGAGAAACCUGCCAAACCUACAUUGGAGAGACCCUCCAAGACUGCCACCAAGACAGCACACACUGACAGUUUCACCAAGCAGGGAUCUGAAAAAUCGAGGAAGUCCCCGCCACCACCACCUCCUCCAAGGAAGACCUUUGCCAGCUCGAGCUCAGGCAUGACCACCACACGCUCUGGCGAGGUGGUCUUCACCAGCAGGAAGGAUUCUGUCUCAGCUCAGGAGAGUGAAGAGGACACUCCACCUUCCCCUCCCCAAACCAAGACCACCAAGGUUCCACCAGAGACCAAGCCGAAGCCAGCCACGCCUCCACCCGUCACUGCUUCUGUCACUGGAGAAGAGGAGGAUGAAGGGGACAAGAUUAUGGCAGAGCUCCAGGUUUUCCAGAAGUGCACAGUUAAGGAUGUGGGGGUGAAAAAUUUGGUAGAACCCACCACUCGAAUUGAACCACAAAUCAGAGAACUAAGAUCGGGGGCCUUAUUGCCCCUCAAAGAGAAAAAGCAGAGCUCAGAGCCCAGUCGAGAGGAUAAAGAUCCAGACACAGAUGAAAAUGGCAAUACUACUGUCCGACAAAGCCAAGGGGUCAUAUACUAUGUAACUGGUCAGAUUCCCAAAGAGCAACCACCACCACCAGGAAUGGAGGAAACCCGCGAACACAGAGAACCUACACAACCUUCAUCACAGGUGUCAAAUGUCAAUGUUAAUGACAAUUCUCCAAGCCAGCAGCAGCAGGAGCAGCAGCCACCACUGUCUCCGACACCAAAAUCACCUCCACCUAUAUCACCUAAGCCUGUGGGACUGAAAGGAUUCAAACUCCCAAGGAAGCAAGUUAAACGCGCCGAAUCCUUGAAGACCAGUACAGAAAUGGAGAACGGAAAAAUCCUCAACAAAAUAAACACUGAAAAGAAAAGCAAAGUCAUUCCACAACGUGUUUCUAAUAAUAAAAACAUAAUACCUGAGCCUGUGGCAACUACAACAAGCAGUACUGUAAGAGAGGCACCUAAAACUUCUGUUGCUCCACCAAAAAAGGCUCCUAGUGAGGACAGCGAUCCUCCUAAAGCUAACUGUGACAAGGGUGACGAGGAGGCUAGUCUUAGUCCUGAUUUACCUGGAGAAGAGGCACCUCCACCCCCUGACAACAUAGCAUUUAUGAUCACUAACACCAAAGUUCAGGCCCUGUCCUGUGGUGAGUACCAGGAACUGGUCAAUGCCAAGAAAGGAAGUGUCCAGACUGUUACUGUAGGUAACGCGGCUAAUAGAGGGAACACGACAGCGGAUUCCACUGUGCCACAGGAUAAUGGCUUUAACAAGAAGCCUGUCAUCAUUAUUUUUGAUGAGCCCAUGGAUAUCCGUUCAGCUUACAAGCGCCUGUCCACCAUCUUUGAAUGUGAAGAGGAAUUGGACAGAAUGCUAGCGAAUGAGCGCAUUGACGAGGAGAGUGAGGAAUCUGACUCAGAGAGGAGUAGUGGGCAGGUAAAAGCUGGAGGGACUGAGGUGGUUGAUGGCAAAAAGGUCAGCUCCCCACAAGUCACUGCAGACCAGACUAGCUUAUCUUCCUCAUCUUCAUCCUCGACCUCUGAGCUGACGGACAGUGGAGUGAACUUAGAUUCAAAUGGUGACCCCAAGCAGGAUGGUAAGAAGAAGUUCAAGUUUAAGUUCCCUAAAAAACAGCUGGCAGCACUGACCCAGGCAAUUCGCACUGGCAACAAGUCAGGCAAGAAGACUUUACAGGUGGUGGUGUAUGAAGAUGAAGAGGAAUGUGACGGUACUAUCAGACAGCACAAAGAAGCAAGGAGAUUUGAGAUUGCACGCUCAAAAUCUUUAGCAGAGUCUUCCAAGGUAACAGGCUCAACUGUACUGAAGAGACAGAACUCUGACUCCAUUGGCAGGACGAGUGAGAUUCGGAAGAACACCUACAAGACACUGGACAGCCUGGAGCAGACCAUCAAGCAAUUGGAGACCACUAUCAGUGAGAUGGGACCACAGUCCCCUGUGGAGCCAGUCUACGCAGAGGAAUCUAAUGCAGGGAAUGGGAAAAGCUCAGAAGGGGUGGGACUGAAGAGGUCUUCCUCUCUCCCUACCUCCAGAGGGUCAGGCCCUAAGGUACUCGGCAAAAAUUCAUUGCAGAAGAAGACUAAACCUCAGCUCCUUCCUCGCCCUAUAGUCAUCCCUACUACCACCACCACCACUACUGUCCCCAGUGCCCCCAGCACCCUACAACAGAUCCCCUUGCAGAACACCAGUGUCGCUUCCCCUACUAGUCGGAUGCCCGUCCCUUUGUCUGCGAAGUCCAGGCAGUCGCCGGGUACUACUGACAAAGCAGGAAAACAGCAAAAACUGCAGGACGCUCAGAGGCAGUUCCGACAGGCUAACGGAAGUGCUAAAAGAGUGGGAGGGGAUCAUAAAACUACUUCCCCUACUAUACCCAUCUCUAAAAUCCCUGCUUUUUAUCCUAGCUCUACUAAAGGCAGCUCCCAGUCUGCACAAAACUCAGAUGCUACUAAUCCCAUUAACCCUUCCUCCUCCUCUUCCUCCUCCUCUGUGACAAAGUCCUCCAUCCUGUCCUCUCACACUCCUCGUUCCGGUUCCCUACCCUCCUCCCACAUCCCCUCUCUGUCUAACGGAUCACUCAAACUCCCCACUCCCUCACAGCACACCGGUAAAGCUCUCUCGUUUCCCUCGCAGACUCAGAAUGGUCGAGUGCACUCCUCCUCCUCCUCCUCUUCAUUCUCCUCCUCCUCCUCAUCCUCCUCCUCCUCCCCCUCCCCUCUGUCGCCCACACCUUUGGGCCCAGGUGGAAAGAGCAUCCGCACCAUACACACCCCCAGCUUCACCAGCUACAGGUCCCACAACGGCAGCAGCGGCAAAUCCUGCAUCCCAACAGCCACAGCAGCUAAGGACACUACCUAGCUCAAUUAUCGCCGCUCUGGCUUUACCGCAUAGCAGGUAGACCCGGUCAUUUGUCAUUUUAUAUACUUUUGGUUUGUUGUUUUUUGUUCUGUUUACUUAAAAGUAUUAAGUAUGCACUCCCCAUUUCAUGUUUUAUUUGACACUGGCAUUCUCACACCAAUGCUUUCACCUCCUUUAAAUUGCAUUUUCCAAUUCAGAAAAAACAAAAACAACAAAAAAAAACUUGGAUUCUGAUUCUUUCUUGAAGGUGUACCAGAUGUUCUGACAAAAUAUUUUAUAAUGGAACUAAAACUUACUUCGUUUUACCACUUUGUAGUUUAAGUGGAAGGCUCUAAUGGUGUUGAAAAUCUAUUUUUCUUGCUGUAGCUAUGAAUAGGGAAUAUAGAGUUGAUGUACAAUCACAAAGUACCAUGUAAAAAUGUUGUUUUAUUUUUCAAACCAGAGAUUGAAUAACCAUAGUAUAAUUAAUCUUCUAUAUUUCUUAUGUUGCCAGACAUUCAACACAGCCCUUGUAAAUGCCUUUUAUGAAUGUAUACAUAAUGUAUACAGAUAUUCUAAAGUUUAAUUCAUUGUUAACUUCUGUUUUCUAAGAGUGUUUUUCUCAUUUUUCACCCAUAAUGAACUGCCAAUUUAUUUUACAGAUAUGUGAAACUGGUAUCAUGUGCACAAGUUUUGAUUUUAGUGUGCCUAUUUGCCAAAGUUGUUGUACAAUGACUCACUUCAGGCCUAACCCAGUCACAGGAUUUAGGGGAAUUCAAAUGUGUAAUGGCUGAAGUGUUGACCUCAGUAUUUGUACUGCUGGUCUCAGUUUGUUAAGUUAACAUGUGUUGUUGUCUAAAUGUAAACUGUACUAAAAACAAAAGUGAUGAAUCGGUUCUACCACAUGUACAUAGAUGCUUCUACUAAGAAAAUAAGUAGUUUUUUUAACAUACCAAAGUUUAUUUGUAUGCAUGCCUUUCAAAUACUUUAGGAGAGUGAUGUAAAAGAAGAAUUAUGUUUGCACAGAUAGAUUUUGUAAAUAUCUGGUUUUCUCUCAUUUUUGUAAAGCUUUAAAUCAUACUAUAAAUGAGCAAUGUGGUAAAGACAAAACUGUGUUGGAGUAGCAAAAAUAAAGACGUGCAUGCUUGUAAUGCA